GUUACGGGGCUGCUUUCAGCUGGUACAGACCAUAAAGAUGCUUGGGUACGGGACAACAUCUACAGCAUCCUGGCCGUGUGGGGGCUGGGGAUGGCCUAUCGGAAGAAUGCGGACCGAGAUGAGGAUAAGGCCAAAGCCUAUGAGCUUGAGCAGAAUGUUGUGAAGCUGAUGCGGGGACUCUUACAGUGCAUGAUGAGACAGGUAGAUAAGGUAGAGAAGUUCAAAUGCACACAGAGUACCAAAGACUGCCUACAUGCCAAGUAUAACUCUGCAACUUGUGCCACUGUGGUUGGGGACGACCAAUGGGGGCAUUUACAAGUGGAUGCAACUUCCCUUUACCUUCUCUUCUUGGCACAGAUGACCGCAUCAGGGUUACGUAUUAUCUUCACCCUCGAUGAAGUUGCCUUUAUUCAGAAUCUUGUUUUUUACAUAGAAGCUGCCUACAAAGUUGCUGAUUAUGGAAUUUGGGAACGUGGUGACAAGACAAACCAGGGCAUCCCUGAACUGAACGCGAGCUCCGUAGGGAUGGCCAAAGCUGCUUUAGAAGCAAUUGAUGAACUAGAUCUUUUUGGAGCUCAUGGAGGACACAAAUCAGUGAUUCAUGUUCUUCCCGACGAAGUAGAACAUUGUCAGUCUAUUCUGUACUCCAUGUUGCCAAGGGCAUCCACGUCAAAGGAGAUAGAUGCUGGCCUUCUCUCUAUUAUUUCUUACCCAGCUUUUGCAGUGGAGGAUCUAAACCUUGUUAAUGAGACCAAGAGUGAAAUCAUAUCCAAAUUGCAGGGCCGCUAUGGCUGCUGUCGCUUUCUCCGAGAUGGUUACAAGACGCCCAGAGAGGAUCCGAGCAGGCUGCACUAUGAUCCUGCUGAGCUGAAGCUCUUUGAGAAUAUUGAAUGUGAGUGGCCGGUAUUCUGGACAUACUUCCUAAUUGAUGGAGUAUUUAAUGAGGACAAAAUUCAGGUUCAAGAGUAUAGAGAGGCUCUGGAAGGAAUACUUAUUAGAGAGAAGAACGGAAUAGUGCUAAUGCCUGAACUGUACGCAGUCCCUCCAGAAAAGGUGGAUGAGGAGUAUGAAAAUCCUCACUCAGUGGAUCGUGUCCCAGUGGGAAAGUUGCCUCAUCUUUGGGGCCAAUCAUUGUAUAUCCUUAGCUGCCUAUUAGCAGAGGGAUUUCUUGCUGUGGGUGAAAUUGAUCCCUUAAAUAGGAGAUUUUCCACUGGAUUUAAACCUGAUGUUGUGGUACAAGUAACUGUUUUGGCAGAAUCUAAUCAAGUUAAGAAUCUCUUACAAGACCAUGGAAUCAAUGUUCAGAGCAUUGCUGACAUCCAUCCACUCAGAGUGCAGCCAGCUCGCAUCCUGAGUAACCUCUACACCAUGCUGGGCCGGAACAAGAACAUGAAAUUAAGUGGACGGCCACACCGACAUAUUGGAGUGUUAGGCACCUCCAAGCUGUACGUGAUAAGAAAUCAAAUAUUUGCUUUUACCCCUCAGUUUACUGACCAGCAUCACUUCUAUCUGGCUCUAGACAAUCAGAUGAUUGUGGAGAUGCUCAAGACAGAACUGGCUUACCUCACUUCUUGUUGGAGGAUGACAGGGAGACCAACCCUGACGUUUCCCAUCACCCACACAAUGCUUGUUGAUGAUGGUACUGACAUUCAUCCAGCAGUUCUUGCCACCAUAAGAAAAUUAGAGGAUGGUUAUUUUGGAGGUGCAAGGGUGAAGAUAGGCAAGCUAUCCGAAUUUCUUACCACCUCUUCUCAUACGUAUCUGAGCUUCCUGGAUCCAGACUGUGAUGUAAAACUGUUUGACGACCCUAACGAAGGCCGUAAUAAUCCUGACAGUGAAUAUGGAGGCUAUCCAGCAGAUUUCUGUGAAAAAGAAAGCCAGGAUGAGCUGGAUCAGUAUAUAAAUGAUGUCCUACAGAGCACAGCACUGAAAUCAUACCUGCCUCCAACUUCAAAGACUGCGAAUCAACCGCCUGUGUUCAGUGCAAACCAUUCCACAAAAGAAAUACUGUCAAUAAUGGCCAAGACAAAGGGCUUGGAAGUUCCAGCUGUGUCUAUGUCUCUUCCCACUAAAGUUCUGAACACACACCGGAAGUCUCUGAAUCUUGUUGAUAAUCCCCAUUUCUUUGAGACAAAG